AUAGGUGCAAGACAUUAGUGCCCCGUAGAAUGGUCAUGAGAAUAUGGAAAGAAAAAAAGGCAAGUUAUAUUCAGUAGAAAAAAUUAUGGUACUGACAACCGACAAGUGACAACUGAGGCAAGCACAGAACAGAGCAGAGGAUGCAAGAGAACGAGUUCAGGCUCGGCCAGCGAGUUCACUCAGCUGGAGAUCCCUGGCGAAUCGGAACGGUGCGGUACCUUGGACCCGUCCAAGGCUAUUCCGGCAGCUGGGUCGGAGUGGACUGGGACAGUGAGGACGCCAAGCACGAUGGUUCCAUCAAUGGGGUCCGAUAUUUCCAGGCCAAGUCUGAACGAUCCGGCUCUUUUUUUCGGACCCAUAAUCUGAGUUCCGGCAUUUCGUUGAUUGAAGCUCUCCGGCUCAGAUACCAAGGUGAAACGACUGAAGAAGAAGAAGAUGAAAUGUAUGUUCUUUCAGCGAGUAAUAAACGGGUUUCUAUUCAGCUACUUGGUAAAGAAAAAAUUCAAGAUAAACUAAGUCGAUUCGAGGAGCUGACUGGAGCAUCGCUUUCUUUCUUGGGUGUUAGCUCACCUGGAUUCUCUGGUGAUACUGGUAGUCUCCUGCCAAAUUUAAAGGAGCUUGAUUUGACUGGAAAUCUGCUAUCAGACUGGAAGGAUGUUGGCACUAUCUGUAAAGAGUUACCAAUGCUUCAAGCCCUCAAUUUGUCCUACAAUUUAAUGGCGCCAGACAUUGUUGAGCUGCCACAAUUAAAAAACAUACGCAUUUUAGUUCUGAAUCAUACAGGUGUAAACUGGACAAAGGUUGAAAUUUUAAAAACUUCACUGCCAGCAAUUGAAGAGUUGCAUCUAAUGGGAAAUAGCAUAAGCACAAUAGAUCCUCCUGCAUCCUUUACAGUUCAGGGAUUUGAUUCUCUGCGGCUUCUGAAUUUGGAAGACAAUAGUAUAGCUGAUUGGAAAGAAAUUAUAAAACUUUCGCUGCUGAGAAGCUUGGAGCAGCUUCAUUUGAACAAGAACAAUUUGAGCUGCAUCUCGUACCCAGAUCAUGAUAUGUUAGAUGAACAAACUGACAAGCCAUUUCAAAAUUUGCGUUGCCUUCUUCUCGGAAACAACAAUCUUGAAGAUCUGGCUUCAAUUGAUACACUGAACUUAUUUCCAAAACUAGUGGAUAUACGGCUCUCUGAUAAUCCAGUAGCUGAUCCUGGAAGGGGUGGAAUACCAAGGUUUGUUUUGAUUGCGCGUUUGGCAAAGGUUGAAGUUCUGAAUGGGAGUGAGGUUAGGCCUCGUGAAAGAAAAGAGUCUGAGAUUCGGUAUAUUCGCUUAGUGAUGUCAAAGAUGCAAGGCAGUCCAGAAGAUAUCCAGCGGCUCCACCCUAGGUUUCUUGAGCUUAAAAGUUUUCAUGGAAUUGAAGAUGAGAAACCCUCGAGUGGGGGCACAGGCCCUCAGAAAAUGGCAUCCGGGUUUCUAUCCAUCAUUCUAAAAUGUGUUGGAGCAUCUAUUGGAGAGAAGCCCCUACUUACAAAAAAGCUACCAGGCACCACAACGGUUGGCAAGCUGAAGAUCCUUUGUGAGAGCUUUUUCAAGUUGAAGUCUGUAAAGCUGAAAUUGUAUCUUCAAGAGGAGGGUUCUCCUUUUCCAAUUUUGCUGGACGAUGAAAUGGCAUCUCUGAUUGAUGUUGGUGUUGGCAAUGAAUCAACCAUACUUGUUGAUGAGGAGAGCUAAGAGAAACUAUGUACAACCAUAUGUGCAUUGGCAACUUUGUCGAAUUUGCCUUUUUGUCUACUAAGUGUGCACAAUCGAAGUUUUCUUCCUUGUUCACUUUGAGUUAAGGCUGAAAAUUUAGCCCCAAGAGGUGCUAGUAAGAUGAGGGGUAGAACAGGAGUGCUCUUCCUAUCUUUAUUUCACAAACUUUUAGCUGCCAAAUAUGAUUGUCGAAAGUUUCAUUUUGGAAUUGAUAAUGUUUUGAUUAAUGGCAAUUUUGUUUCAAUUUCAAGUGA